CAGCAAGGAACAGCCUGGAGAGGACCCAGUGAUGGGAGAGGAGUCGGUUAUAUACGCCAACUUCCUGCCCAAACCGUCAGAAUCAGCUGCCCCUCAGAAGCAGCGCACCAGUCUCCAGCACCAUGAACACCCAGGCUGGAAUGCAAGACAGCCUUGAGACUUACUUCGAGAGGAGUGUGGAAAUUGAGAUAACCAACGAAUCACGGGAUGUGACCCUCCAUUCCCCCAGGAGUUACUGCUUCAGUGGCCACAGCCUCCUACCUCCUUCCCCCCGAAUCCCGCCAGGAUCCAAGGAGAGCUGUCUGUUCACAAAGGGACGGUACAGCUUUCGUGGAAGCGUGGGGCUGCUGGUGUACAACUCAGACGCCUUCACCCUUGCCAUCAUGUUCUCCAACCCCUUUGACUACAACCUCUACUGUGUUGAGUUUGGCCUCGAGAUCUGCCCAGGCAAAGAGCACCUUGGUGACAUGGAGGAAGUCUACGCAAGGAUGUACAAUUAUAUGCCGGCCAGCAGCUGCACAACAUUCAAGAAAGCCAAGCUGGGCCAAUGCCAGGAAGCGCUUGUGGUCACCACAGGGAAUAUCCGUGUCAUGGCCACCAUGUCCAAUGCUGCCAAAGCAGUCAUUAAAGUGCUUGUGGAGGAAAAAGGGAACCCACCUCCCUACUCAAAGAACCCGAUUUGCUACAAGACACGCUCCUAGAGUAAGGGCUGCUGCUGCCACUGACAUCCAGCCUAAGACAUGAAAUGACUCCGCAUGGGCCUUAUCUACAGGAAGAAAUAAUCCACUACUGUGUAGACACCAGCUAGUGCAGGAACCUGUCUAGGGACAGAACUGGCCCCCACUUAUCAGAGUGCUUGGAAAGAGCAUAGACACUGCAAGAGGUGUCUAAGGCCAGAAGGGACCAUUGUGAUCAUUUAGUCAUAUAUCCUGUAUAAUACAGUCCAGAAAACUCCCCCCAGAUAAUUCCUCUUGAA